UUUUAUGUUCCCCACUUUUUCCCCCCUUUGAUUCUUACGUUCCUGUCGUUUUUCCCUCUCUUUUUUUCAUCCAUUCUUCUCAUUAGUAAUUGAGUCAGUUACUGUAAACCCGUGUACUUGAAGAUCUCACCGCAUGCAUCAUUCAAAACAAUGUUCUUAUCAGCAUUCACUCGUUUGAUUUUUUGGAUUCAUUUUUCUGGGUGUUUGUUGGAAUUGAAUAUGGUAGUAAAUUCAUCGGCGUCGAAGCUUUAAUUAAGGCAACCCCAUGUGCUGCCUCUGUUCUACCAAGUUGCCUGACUGAAGCAAACAAAAUUCAAUCUAAUAAGAGGCGGUUGUUUGACGAACAACCCAUUUAAAGACACUGUUCAUUACAACAAAUCACUUUCAGGCCAAUGCUGACCAUGAUUUACUGAAAAAAACGACACGGAUUUCAACGAAUUUGACUGAACAGUCUAUAUGUUCGUGUCUUAUCUACUCUCUAGGAUCAAUUCUGUGAGGACCCAGAAGCAUGAGCUAUUCUGGGAUCUGAGUUUUUGACUUGUUUUUUCAUCAUCAAUCUCAAGAUCCCAAUUCUGUAAGCUAAGAAACUUCCAUUUAUUGUCAUUUGUGACAAUGGGUCACUCGUUUUUCUAUCUAUUUUGCCUUCUUUCUUUCGUGGGAGUCUCCCAUGGAUCGUAUAAUGCUGAGCAAGAUAGAGAUAGAAUCACCCAAUUACCAGGGCAGCCAAAGAAUGUGGAUUUUGCUCAGUAUUCUGGCUAUGUUACUGUAGAUAAGCAAGCUGGGAGGGCAUUGUUUUAUUGGCUGGCUGAGACACCAGCUAGCCGUGUACCUGAGUCAAGACCUCUUGUAUUGUGGCUGAAUGGUGGCCCUGGUUGCUCUUCUGUUGCCUAUGGAGCAGCUGAAGAAAUUGGACCGUUCCACAUUAAGCCAGACGGGAGGACUCUUUACUCAAAUCCGUUUGCUUGGAACAAUUUGGCAAAUUUGCUGUUCCUUGAAUCCCCAGCUGGUGUUGGCUUUUCUUACUCGAAUACUACCUCGGAUUUGUACACUGCAGGUGACCAGAAAACAGCUGAAGAUUCAUAUAGAUUUUUAGUGAACUGGUUCGAAAGGUUUCCGCAGUACAAGCACAGGGAUUUCUACAUUACUGGAGAGAGUUAUGCAGGUCAUUAUGUUCCUCAGCUAUCACAAUUAAUUUAUGAAAGAAACACGGGAAUUCAGAACCCGGUCAUAAAUUUAAAGGGAUUUAUGGUGGGGAAUGCUGUUACGGAUGACUACCACGAUUAUGUUGGCACAUUUGAGUAUUGGUGGACUCACGGUCUGAUAUCUGAUUCUACGUAUCGUCUGCUGCGACGUUCUUGUGAUUUUGGAUCCUCUCAGCACCCGUCAGCAGAAUGCAAGAAAGCUCUUACAGUUGCUGAGUUUGAACAAGGAAAUAUCGAUCCGUAUAGCAUUUACACUCGUCCAUGCAAUAGUACUGCAUCUUUGAGACAUAACCGAAGGGGCCAUUAUCCAUGGAUGUCGAGAGCCUAUGAUCCCUGCACGGAGAGGCAUUCCGUAGUGUACUUCAAUCACCCUGAUGUUCAGAAGGCAUUACAUGCUAAUGUUACUGGGAUAACUUACCCAUGGAGUACAUGCAGUGAUCUUGUGGGAAGCUACUGGGCCGAUUCUCCGCUUUCUAUGCUUCCAAUAUAUCAAGAAUUGAUUGGUGCUGGUCUCAGAAUUUGGGCAUUCAGUGGAGACACUGAUUCAGUGGUUCCCGUGACAGCAACACGAUACUCUAUCGAUGCUUUAAACCUCCGAACGUUAAGCAACUGGUACCCUUGGUAUGACCAUGGAAAGGUAGGUGGGUGGUGCCAAAUCUACAAAGGGCUGACGUUCGUUACCGUGGCUGGAGCGGGGCAUGAGGUUCCGCUUCAUCGCCCUCGCCAAGCGUUCAUUCUUUUCCGAUCGUUCUUGGAGAAUAAGCCCCUGCCACGAUCGUGAAGAUUGUUGUAAUCAUAUUUACAGCGAAAGAAGAAUAGAACAAUUUAUGUACAGAAGAUCUCGAGACGAGACGAGACUAGAUUGUGAGAAGCAUUCAUCUCGAGUGCUAUUGUUUUUGCUUUGAAUAUCACCAUUCUUAUCUUAUUAGUUCUUCGUUCUUCAUAUUCUGUUAUGUUUUAUGAAGAAGUUUCAAACGUGUUGAAUAAGGUAACGUCAUGUAAUUUGCUUGAUUCUUUGACAAGAUUGAAUGUCUACAAAAGGUUGAUCUGCCAUAUUAGCUAGACACUUAGACACCCAAAAUUUCGGUUUCGGUUCGUUU